UGAAGGCGCGCGCGGUUGCCGCCAACCGGCCGCGUACUAUUCAAAUAUGGAAUUCUGAAAGUGAACGUUAUAACACAGAUAAACUAAAGUUUGCGUUCGAUUAAAUGUAAUUAGUGUAUCGAUGUUUAAGUGAAUCGAUAUUCUUUUUUCUUUUUUUUUUUUAAUAGCAGUGCGGUGGCGUUUUUCUGGAUGCGAAUGUGGGGCUCUUUAAUUCUGAUACAGGUUUCGCCGCCGUAUCAGCAAUGUCAUCACACGCAAGGUUCAGCCGGUUGGAAGAUGACUAUAUUCAGAUCAUGUCUCGUCGCGGCCAAAGCCGAUCACCGUAGCGGUAUAUAGUUGAAGUUGUGUUGAGUUGAGGAGAUACAAAAUGAAUCUCCUCAACAUGGACGCGGAGAACCGCGUAGUUUUGAACGUGGGUGGCAUCAGACAUGAGACGUAUAAGGCUACGUUGAAGAAGAUCCCGGCAACGCGGCUGUCCCGUUUGACGGAGGCGCUCGCCAAUUACGACCCCGUGCUCAACGAGUAUUUCUUCGACAGACAUCCUGGCGUCUUCGCGCAGGUUCUUAAUUAUUACAGAACGGGGAAACUUCACUACCCGACGGAUGUUUGCGGGCCGCUAUUCGAGGAGGAGCUUGAGUUCUGGGGACUAGACGCGAACCAGGUGGAGCCGUGCUGCUGGAUGACGUACACGCAGCAUAGGGACACUCAAGAGACUUUAGCUGUCCUAGAUCGCUUAGAUCUAGACACAGAGAAGCCAUCCGACGAAGAAGUGGCUCGCAAGUUUGGUUUCGAAGAAGAUUACUACAAUGGGACGGUGUCCUGGUGGCAGCAGCUGAAACCUCAAAUGUGGUCUCUAUUCGAUGAGCCAUAUAGUUCCAAUGCGGCAAAGAUAAUCGGGGUGAUAUCAGUGUUUUUUAUUUGUGUUUCUAUAAUAUCGUUCUGUCUGAAAACGCACCCGGACAUGAGAGUGCCUGUGAUCAGAAACUAUACAGUGACUACCGCGAAUCAGACCCAGGGCUGGGCGUUGGACAAAGUGCAAACAAACGCCCACGUAGCCUUUUUCUAUAUCGAAUGUGUGUGCAACGCUUGGUUCACCCUCGAGAUACUUGUUAGGUUUAUAUCCUCGCCCAAUAAGUGCGAGUUCGUCAAAUCUUCCGUCAACAUCAUCGAUUACAUCGCAACCAUGAGUUUCUACAUCGACUUAAUCCUUCAAAAAUACGCAUCCCAUGUCGAGAAUGCGGACAUUCUUGAAUUUUUCUCUAUUAUACGUAUCAUGAGACUGUUUAAGUUGACAAGACAUUCGUCUGGCCUUAAAAUCCUCAUUCAGACUUUUAGAGCGUCAGCCAAGGAAUUGACGCUCUUAGUAUUUUUCUUGGUGCUCGGUAUUGUGAUUUUCGCGAGCCUGGUGUACUAUGCAGAGAGAAUACAAACAAACCCACACAACGACUUCAACAGCAUUCCAUUGGGCUUGUGGUGGGCACUGGUUACCAUGACCACAGUGGGAUAUGGUGACAUGGCUCCGAAGACCUACGUUGGUAUGUUCGUGGGCGCACUUUGUGCUUUGGCUGGUGUGCUAACGAUAGCUCUACCCGUGCCAGUCAUAGUAUCAAACUUCGCAAUGUACUACUCACACACGCAAGCCCGUGCGAAGCUACCAAAGAAAAGGCGAAGAGUCAUCAACGUAGAGCCGACCAGGCCACCACUUCGUGCACCAGGGGUUCCAGGCGGUCCCGCCGGACCUUUAGCACCAGGUAUGGGACCGCAAGCUGUGAACAGAAGAAUGAAUGCCAUUAAAACAAACCAUCCUAAAGAUAUGAUCGGACCUAAUAUGGUCGCAAGCUUGAUGCCGGGAAUGGAUCUAACCGUAGCCACCCGUCUAACCCCAAGUCCCCGAGACAUGAGUCCAGCCCUCGCUAUAGCACUACCAAUGAUGAAAUCAGUGAAUUUAGUCCCGGCACAAUGCUUUGACAACAUGGCGUACCAUACUGAAAAAACAGAAGAUAAUAAAGAAAGUAAAUCCAGGCAAGAUUCCGUAGAAAGUGAUAAUACUGUCAAAGCUAAUAAUUUUAAUAAUGAAUAUAUUGAUAAAAUUGAAGAAAAGACAGACGCCAGGACUCCACUACUUCGAGGUCAUAAAAUAGAAUCACUUGAUGAAACAAAAUUGCGGGAUAAUAAAAUAGAAAAACGAAAAUCGUCAGCAUCUACAUAAUGGAUAAUAAGUACCGUUAAAGAUCAAUAAAUUUUAAUAAACGAAUUUUGAUGAUAAGUUAGUGGAAGAGACCAAUUGAGCUAAGAAUAAUUUGAGAAUAGCACGUUCGUUGAUUUAGAAUUGAAUUUUUUGGUUAAAUGAUUAUAAAUAAGCUUGAUUAUCAAAAAUCAUAAAAAUUGUAUUGAGAAAGUGUAAAAUAAUCAGCUCCUAAGAAUUUGUUCUUAUUUACCGAUUACUAGCAGUUACGGUUACUUUAAAUGAAAAUAAAAACUUAUUAAAUUAAGCAUAAAAGGCCGUGAUAGUCUUAAGUUUAGUUAAGGAUGAAUUUAAAAUAUUUUUUAAAUGCAAAAGGUAUAUCAAUCACAAAAUACCUAUCAAUUUAAAAAAUAACGACAUUAAUCUUUCACUUCUUAAAUAUAUUUAUUUGCAUUAGCCUUACUUGUUAAUGUCAUUUGAUAAACGUCGACUGCUUUUAAGGGUGGACGAUCAUCUGACGAAUCAAGGAAGAGACGCUGCUUGUAUGAUUUAUCAUGCUCCUCACACUAACGUAUCAUGUUUAUCUGUGUAAGAUAAAAUGUUUUAAUAUCAAUCUGACUGUUCUAGUAUAGCGACAAUGCUCAGCGUGUCUUCCAACAGAUGUGGAUCCACCCUAAAAGCAAAAAAAGCAUGUUUACUAAUGUCCACAUGUUAACAUUUUUAUAAAACAGUAACAUCUAUUCUCUAUACGAAACAUUAUAUUCAAAAUGUUCUUUAAAACUGAAUACUAAAAAUUCCAAAGUAUUUACAUUAAGUCGCCCGUACCCGCGAGCCGCGACCUCGAUCUCUUGAAUCUAUAUCAAAUAUGCUUACAGGUAUUACGUAGGACGAUAUAAUCAUUGACUAACCUGUUUGUGUGUAUAUAUAAUCUAUAUUGAAAGGCGAAGUUUGUAGUGCUUUAAAUUUAUUCAGCUUUUGUCUACAUAAUAUUAUCCAGAGGAAGUUUUACCGUUCGUGUCAUCGAUUAUAUGUAUAUUACGUUGUUACAAUUAGUCAAAGUUUAAUCAACUUGUAAAUAAGUAGAUGUCUAUAAAUUACCUGUAAAUAUUGAUUGACGGGUGUUUAGUUAAACGCGGCUUACUCUUUCAUUUAUCAUUGAACUGCCAUUCGAUAGAAGGAAACAGCAUCGUUUAUCUAAGCACCUCCUGAUCAAAAUUUAUUUCGGUAAUAUUUUACUUAGAAUGAUUGAAAUUGUAACUCUCAAAAAUGUCCUUUUAUUAAAACAAUAAAAUUGAGAUUGUUGUUUUUCCGGUGAACCAUCAUAUACACAUAUAAGAUAUAUACAUAUACAAGUUGAAAUCAAGAUGAAUUAUACGUGCAAUGUGUAUGUUUAAGAUAGGUGACCACGCGGACGAAUACUAGUCAAGAUUUUAUUCGUAACAUAACAAAAUACAUACUAGAAUAGAAAAAAAGUCCAAGAGACGGUUCUGAAAAACGCUUGCUUAGUGAUUUUAUGUUUUUUUAUUAUCAAUCAAUAUUUUUUAUAUAUCAAUGUGUAUCAAUGUGUUUAAUUUUCUGACGAAUAUGCCCAUCAUUUAGACAAAUAUCACACAUUUAUGCCUAAAACGUCACUUACAGUACCGACAUAUUAAAUGCAUGUAGCUCACUUACGUCAACCGCAAAUUAAGCCAGUAUUAUAUACCUACAAAUAUUUAGACAUGCCACACACGCAGUACUUACUAAAUGUAUUAAGGAAGAUUUAUAAGGAUUAAUUUACUAUUCAAGCGUUUUUCUCUCCAAUAAUUAAUAAGUUGUUUAGUAAUAAUGAUGUAAAUAAAAUAUUUAGCGUUAAUAAUUUUAUAUUUCAACAGUUACUAAAAUCACUAGAGACACAUAUCAUCAGCA